AGGCCUAGGAAACGACGGUCGUCGAUGUGGACAGUUGCCGACGAUCAGCCUCUUAUUUGUUAUCGUGCCAUUUACACAGGCGGCCUCAAUUUUCACGUUUAAGAUAUAGUACAGUUCCGUUACGCAAGUAACGUCGGUUUCUUGCCGUCCGUUGGAUUCGUUUACAAUAUACAAAAUUUGUUUAGUAUACUAGAUAGUGCUAUCUCCAUUUGCUAGUUAAUAAGAAAAUCUUUUGCCGAAUAAAACUUGAGGUCUUGCGUGACAAAAACAAAUAAAAUGGCAAACAUUGAAGUCACUGUCAAAACUCUUGAUUCACGUAAUCACAAAUUCACUGUUUCCGAACAAUUAACAGUAAAAGAACUUAAAGAACACAUUGCUGGAGAUGUUGCUACACCAGCCGAGACCCAACGAUUGAUCUAUUGUGGCAGGGUGCUGCAAGAUGAUAAAAAACUUAGUGAAUAUGAUCUGAAUGGAAAAGUCAUCCACUUGGUUCAAAGAGCACCACCGUCAGUCGGAAAUCCACCUGCAGGACCACCAAGAACACAGGGAACAAGACCAGGAAAUAUCCACUAUCACCUGGAUAGAGGCUUCCAAAAUGGAGCAAGUCAUAUUAUUGGUCCAGUUCCUCCUCCGGCAGGAAGCAGCUCUUUGUUGCGCUUGAAUACAGCUCGUCACAUGCUGGAAGAUGCCUCACAAAGUUUGGGCAGAAUCAGUUCUGUGCCUAGUGGUACUGGGCCCCUCUUCACCAUGGAUAACACUGUUGAGGGACCCUACUCAUCUGCCAUGCCAUUUGCCCAGGCUGCCACUGCAGCUGCUCUGGCUGCUGCUUUUUCCACCGUCCAAUCCAUGGGGGCAAAUAAUAUAACUGUGUUACAAGGACCCAACGGAACACCAGCAGUACAGGGGUCGUUUGGUUUCCGAGUCCAAGGUCCUCAGCCGAAUAAUGCGCCGGAAAGCAGUGGGGGAACAAGUGAAAGCGGUGGUCCAACAGUUCCUCCUGCAACAGCACCACCUUCCUCUACAACAUCCAGCACCCCUUCAUCAACUCCUUCAGCAACAGCUCCGACAGCUGACCAACCACCUCAACAACAGCAGCAACAACAACAAAUACGCAAUCCUCGGGUGUCGGUCUUUGCGGAUGUCAUUGAAGAUAUGGAAAGAAUCCAGCAAGAUCUUCGCCCGCAUUUGACAACCGUCCGUCAACUUCUCAGAGAUGAUCCAGUAUUGAAUCCGCUGUCGGCGGAAUACCGACAGGCCCAGCAUACCUACAAUCAAGUGGCGGAAGGUCUACACUAUUUGGCACACGCUUUCCACGCCAUGAGCGAUUUGAUGGUGGAUUUUGGAGCUCCACCUCCGCGCGAAGUCCGCGCCCGGCCUUAUGUUUACCAACAAGCCGUUCUCUCAUCCACCAUCCCCAUUCACGCUUCCAUUAGCGUAGAAACUACGCAUACGCACCGACAUCCUCAGACUAACCCGUCAGCUGGUAAUCCAACAGCGGCACAGCCAACCCAGGGUCCUCCACGAAUGCCUACAACGCACCAUCGUGAGUUUGUCCGUCAUGUUUCACGCCCUGAAACUGCAGCGGGUACUGCGAACCCUUCGCCAGCUCCAACUGCCAGCCCGACAUUUGUCGGUUGGCGAGCAUCGAUUCCUGUACCUGGCGCAACCCCUAACGCUCCUCCCGGCCAGAACGUUGCCGCACCACGAGCGCCAGUCCAGAUGCUGCAUCCUGAAAUGUUGGCCAGAGGAGGCCAUCCGCAUCCGUUUGGACGCUUGCCUUUAGCCAUGGCGAGUCAAGGAGGCUGGACACCGGUGAAUUUAGGCGGCCAAAUGCAUCCAAUGGUCUACAUGGAAGUGCGUUCUAACAAUAACCAACAGGAGGAUCAACCCGCUUCUCCUGGCCAAUCGCCGACAGCUUUGGGUGAAUUUGACGACUUUCUGCCGUGUCAUUCUCGACACUUAUCUCGUUCAUCAACUCGAACUGACUCGGAACAAACCAGACCACGCCCAACGGUCGUCACUGGGCCGGCACAAGCUUUCACGAUGACGGCCGAAACAAAUCAGGCACAUCCAGCGCGUACCGGAACUCAAACAACUACCAAUCCGGCUUCUGUCGACGAGUUCAUGAACGAAAUGCUUCGUCAGGUGACGGCCAGCAGCGGCGUAGGAGAUGGAAGAAUGGCUGGUGGAGUCAUAAUUGGUGGUGGGGGUGGUGGUUCCGACAACACGGGCAGUCCGGUGUUGACGAACGCCAUGUUUAGCAGUUUGCUUCAGGGAGUUAUGCAGGAAGUGGCCGGAGUAGUGAGCGGCCACCAAUCGCCCAAUACCGUGGCCCAUUUCUUACGCAACAUUCCCGAUUUCACUUACACGGCCGGCGAGUCGUUCCUCUUUGACCUCUUUAUGACGAUGGCUGAUCACAUGACAUUCCGCGAUUUAAUGGCCCUCUUUUACGGAAUGCCGGACGCUCUCAAUCCGAUGCGGGAUCACUUGAGGAAUUUCACUCGCCAGCGCGUCCUACCAUCCGGAGGGGACUUUACAGAUCUUUCCGUACGACAGGGUAUCAUGACGUUGGUCAGUCAAGCCCUACCUUUGCUUCAAAGCGCUGCUGCGGAAGCCAGCAUCCGUCCCGAUGUGGAUUUCGUGGCCACGAUGGCCCAGUUUAUCCAGCAACGACUACACGAAGUGGUCCAAUUGAUUGGAAUGCCAGGAGAAAAUCCAGAUUUUGGUCGAUUGAUGAUGGACAAGAUCCGUCGCACGUUGAUAAUGGCAGCUGCGUUAGCUCUAAGUUGUUUCACCGAUGGUUCUACCAGUCUUGAGCGAGUUUUCCUGUCACAAUUGCGCGGAGUGUCGGAUGGCGUCCAUCCAGCCGUCCAGGAAUGGACGACCAACUCGUCGAUCGAGCGUCUGCGGACUCUUUUGGCCUCGGUGGAUCUCGAUCAGCUGACGCCCACCAUUGAACCCUUGGUGAUGAACACGGAACGCGGCAGGACCUGGACGGCCCUUUUCAACGCCCAGGUGGAGGAAAUGAACGAUCGUGAGCCGGCCGCACCAGUCACAACUCCGACUGCGCCUGAAACUUCUACGUUAACCCCUCCAGCUGCCAUGGGAUCGACUGCAACAGCCGAGGAAGAACCUAUGGAGGUGGUAGUGGAGAAGAAAGAUGAAGCAUCGGCCAUAAUUCAGGGACAACCAAGGCAACGCAGCCGUUUGGAGAAAUUGCGGAACCAAGUGGUAGAAGCCCGUCAAAAGGAAGCCAAUCGCGUCAAAACACCAGAGCCUGUCGUUGACGUCGUCGUAGGGUCCCAAACUUGGCACAACGAAGUUCCAAGGGAAUGGGUUCCAGUAAUCGCGCGUGAUAUCCAACGCCAGAGCCGGGCACAACCACCUGUGCCUCUUAGUGACGCCUACCUGGCAGGAAUUCCCAGCAAGCGGCGCAAGUUGGCCGAAGGCAACCGACCCAACACAAAUCCGCAAUUACUUCUCCGGGAAACCAUCGAACGCGCUUUGCGCUCUGCCAAUGUCUCGUCGGCUACCGUCAACGAAGUGACAAACGUAGCGACGGCCAACGUCGAAGUAGGCAGCGCCUUUUUACCCGAAGUCCGUCGGUUGGGCAAUGCUAGACUGGAUAGGGAUACGGAUUUCGAUGCCGAACGUUUCCCUAAUGCAGAGCGAUUUUUUCAUGGAGGCACUUGAGUAAAUAAUAACAACAGCAUCCCCCACACUACCUUUUUACCCUCUUAUUAAUGAAUCAGUUAUUAUUUUUUUUUUUCCUACCACUAAGUUGCGAUGUUUGUUUGUUUGCCAUCAAGUCCAAUAGAUGGAGUAGGCGAUUUCGAUCUUCUUUGACAUCGAUCGUCAUCAUUCUGAUAACUUAAUAAUAAGUAAUAAUCAUUUUCUUUCUUCAUUUUUUCUUCCCUCUAGACAUUUUUUUUUUCGCCGUUAGUGAUCCGGUUUAUUUCUGGAGAGCUUCGUACUUUAAAGAAAACAUAAAGAAAUUCAAGCGAGUGUCAUAUUUUCAUGCCUUCCCUUAGAAGCUGCUUUUAUGGCGAUCAAUAACUUUAUCUCGCUUGAUAAUUACACAUAACAAGUAUCUUUUUUUAAAUAUUUGUUUUCAUAACAUACAAUUGAUUGAUGUUUGACUGAAUACAACAUUUCUUUUUUG